GGGUUCGUUCCUAAUCCUCUCACGUGGAGCCACCACCGACCGAUAAAUUUCAGCCAACGAAUUCUCCCCAACUACCUACCGGAAUCCCCUCCCUCCCUGGCCCGGAUCCUCCUCCCCCGUCGUUUUCCCGGAUUCUGCCUCCUUCCUUCCCUCGCUAGCACGCAAAUUCCUGAACUGCCGUAGGCGCGAAGGCCGUUGCGUUGCGCCGCCUUCUUCAACGAAAUCCGGCCGGCGCGGCUCCGCGGGCCGCUCGUCUCCUUGCCGCGGGAGGCCGCUCGAUGUUGAUAUGAGUGUCGGGGGCUUGCCGAGAGAGGAAGUGGGGAUGAUGAUGGGGUUGGGAGGGGUGGCGCUGGGCGACCCGCCGGCGGACUACGGCUCGAUCGCGGCGGUGGGGAUGUUCGUGGCGCUCAUGUGCGUCUGCAUCAUCGUCGGACACCUCCUCGAGGAGAACCGCUGGAUGAACGAGUCCACCACCGCGCUCUUGAUCGGGCUGGGCUCCGGGACUGUGAUCCUGCUGGUGUCGAGCGGGAAGAACUCGCGGAUCAUGGUGUUCAGCGAGGACCUCUUCUUCAUCUACCUGCUCCCGCCCAUCAUUUUCAAUGCAGGGUUCCAAGUGAAGAAGAAACAAUUCUUCCGCAACUUCAUGACUAUUACAUUGUUUGCUGUAGUUGGGACCUUGAUCUCUUUCAGUAUAAUAUCACUCGGUGCUAUGGGAAUAAUAUCAAAGCUGAACAUAGGUGCCCUUGAGCUUGGAGACUUCCUAGCACUUGGGGCAAUAUUCUCUGCUACGGAUUCUGUAUGCACCUUGCAGGUUUUAAGCCAAGAUGAGACACCCUUCUUGUACAGUUUGGUUUUCGGUGAAGGUGUUGUCAAUGAUGCAACAUCUGUUGUGUUGUUCAAUGCAAUCCAGAACUUUGACCUUGCAAAUUUCAGUAGCUUCAAAUUCUUACAGCUUGUUGGCAGUUUCCUUUAUCUGUUUGGCACGAGCACCUUUCUUGGAGUAGCUACUGGACUUCUCAGUGCUUAUAUCAUCAAGAAACUGUACUUCGGCAGGCACUCGACUGAUCGUGAAGUUUCUAUUAUGAUGCUCAUGGCUUAUUUAUCUUACAUGCUGGCUGAAUUGCUUGAUUUAAGUGGUAUUCUCACAGUUUUUUUCUGUGGCAUUGUAAUGUCGCACUAUACCUGGCACAAUGUAACAGAAAGUUCCAGGGUCACAACCAAGCAUGCCUUCGCCACAUUGUCAUUCAUCUCUGAGACUUUUCUCUUUCUCUACGUUGGCAUGGAUGCACUGGAUAUAGAGAAGUGGAAGAUUGUUAGUGAAACAUAUAGCCCAAUGAAAUCUGUUGCCUUGAGCUCCAUUAUUGUAGCGUUGGUGCUGGUUGCAAGAGCAGCUUUUGUUUUCCCACUAUCGUACCUGUCCAAUUUAACAAAAAAAACUCCAGGCGAGAAGAUUUCUAUUAGGCAGCAAGUCAUAAUUUGGUGGGCGGGUCUCAUGAGAGGUGCUGUGUCCAUUGCAUUGGCCUACAAUAAGUUUGCAAAAUCAGGUCACACGCAGCUCCCCAGCAAUGCUAUCAUGAUCACCAGUACAAUCAUUAUUGUUCUUUUCAGCACAAUUGUCUUUGGACUACUGACCAAGCCAUUGAUCAGACUACUAAUUCCAACAAGGCACAUCACCAGGGAACUGAGCGCUCUUUCCGAACCAGCCAGCCCGAAGUCCUUCCUUGAACAGCUGACGGCGGGUGGGCCCGAUCCUGAAAACAGUGUGGGCAUACGCCGCCCGACGAGCCUCCGGAUGCUCCUGGCAAGCCCAACACGAUCAGUCCACUACUACUGGCGCAAGUUCGACAAUGCCUUCAUGCGGCCGGUUUUCGGGGGUCGGGGCUUUGUCCCAUUCGUCCCUGGGUCGCCGACUGAAAGCAGUGUGCCAUUACUAGCCCCUGUCAAUGAGAGCUAGAGAACUGCACAGAAGAGGGAGGAGGGGUGUGGGGGAUCUGACAAAAGAAAAGAGAAGUUUUGUAAAUUAGAUUCAUUGACUAAAUGAUUGCUGUAAAUCUGAGGUAGAAGUGUGCUUGUAGCUGCUGCUGUAAGCUAGUUAUCUGUAAUGUGUAUUCUUUCUUGUGUAUAAACUCACUGGUCACGACACAUUAUAAAGUGGUAGUCUGCAGAAUGAUAUAGCCUCUGUAAUUAACAAAGGAAUCAAGCAAGUUUUUGUUAUGCAGUUUUGUAUUCGUUCUUGUAGCUGCUGCUGUGAGCUAGUUAUCUGUAAUGUGUAUUCUUUCGUGUGUAUAAACUCACUGGUCACUACA